GGGGGUCUCUCUUUCUCUCUCUCUCUCUCUCUCUCUCUCUCUCUCUCUGCGUCCUCACUCGCCCCCACUUCGAUUCUCCUCUCUCUCUCUCUCUCUCUCUCUCUCUCUCUUUCUCUUUCUCUCUGAAGAUUCCUCGUUCGAUCAAACCGAUGAAUCGCGAUAUGGUUGGGCUUUUAAUACUUGGAAAAGAAGCUGCGGAUUGAUUUGACCAAACAGCUAUUUCAAAGAGGAAACUUUUGCAUUCUAAGUUUCCCAAGAACACUAUUUUUUGGGGCUUGAUCCCUAAAUUACCAAACUCAGUCAAAUUGGUUGAUGGGGAUUCAGACUAUGACCUCACAAGGCGGCGGCGGCGGCGCCCCGCCAUCUCCGAUUCAUAACUUGGCCAAGCAAGGAUCUCUUUGUAACCUCACUCUAAAUGAGGUCCAAAACCACUUGGGUGAGCCUUUACACAGCAUGAACCUUGAUGAACUCCUAAAGAGUGUGUUUCCCGAGCCGAUGUUAAUGGACCCGGAUAGUAGCUCGGCACCGUACCCGACGGGCUCGGGCCUCCAACGGCAGGGGAGCGUCACCAUGCCACGGGCCCUGAGCAAGAAGACGGUUGAUGAGGUAUGGAAGGAUAUCCAGCAGGACAACACGACGGACAAGGAGGAGCAAAGGCCCGUCCAGGAGCGGCAGCCGACGCUCGGCGAGAUGACCUUAGAGGACUUCUUGAUUAAAGCCGGGGUCGUCAUGGAGGGUAACAUGCUGAUUGGCAAUGCUGGCCCUAUCGGAGCCGGCGAUCGAGCCACUGGCGGACAGGAUUGGUACCAGCAGUAUCAGCAGCAGGGCCAGCAGAGUAUGAUGGGAGGUGGUUACAUGGCAAGCAUUGCGAUCCCACAGCAAUUAGGGGUUGCGGUGGGCCCCGUUCUUGAGUCUGUGUACUCUGACGGUCAGUUGAAUAUCUCGUCCCCGACGGUUGGGGGGGCGCUUUCUGAGCCCCAGACUCCGGGAAGGAAGCGAGCAGCUGCUGGCGAGAUGGUGGAUAAGAUGGUUGAGAGAAGGCAGAAAAGGAUGAUCAAAAAUAGGGAGUCCGCUGCUCGCUCCAGAGCCAGAAAACAGGCCUACACAAAUGAGCUUGAAAAUAAGGUGUCUCGUUUGGAGGAAGAGAAUGAGCGGCUACGGAAACAGAAGGAGUUGGACAAGAUACUACGCUCUGCACCUCCUCCAGAGCCAAAGCACCUACUUCGGAGAACGAGUUCGGCCCCCAUCUGAUGGUGUUCAUAUAAAAUUUUGUAGAUUUCGUGGGGUGUUUUAUCUUUUGUUUCGCAAGUUAGAACAUUUGGUAGCUCUGGUUUAUUUCUUAGCUGCUCUAUAUUAGGGUUUCUGAGAUUUUAGGAGCCCUAUGUCUAUUAUGUUGCUGUUUCUCGCUUUUAAUGAGCCUUCCUUUUCAGUGUAAAUCUUAAAAUUAAAGUUUCCAGGUAUGUUCCAAAGUUCUUCGAGCAUAGAGUAUCUUCAUGGUGCGAGAUUAUCAUGUUGGCGACUUUCUUAGGCUAGUGGAGGCUUCAAAUGUGGUCUAUAAUUUGUAAACUGCAGCAUUUAUAUGGCUCAUUUGCUUCUUUUUAUGAAGUUCCUAAAGAAAUUUGAACUAAUUUGGGCUUUUAUCUCGGAUAGCGAGUAUCUUGACCAGAUCAAACUUGUGACUUAUUACAUUGUAAAAUUGAGAACAUGUUGAAUGUAUAGUUUUACAUUGCCUGUUGGAACUUUGUAUAAAAUGCCCGUAUGUAGAUUAUGUAUGAAAAAUGGCUUAUGACA